GCCUACUCAGCCUCAUGGAAUUGGACGCGGUCAGCGCCGCGCCCGCUAGGGGCCUUCUCUGUCGCCUAUCUUCUCCGACACUGUUACAUUCGACACCAUUUUUCUUACUCUUUUUCUCCUUCAUUUCUAUCCGCUUUCCCUCUCUCUUACUUCUUUACUCUCUUUUCUCUCGCAUUUCCAUCUGCGCUAGCCGCCCCCUCGGCAGUCGCCACCGCCCUCACCUCCGGUGAAACCUCAUAAGACGCUCUCGUCUUCUUCUCUUCUCAGCACCCCACCACUCGUUUCUGUUCAUGUAAUCGUUUUUAAUAAUCCGAACCUUAUAACUUUCUAGUUUUCAGCCUUCAAGCAGAGUGGAAUGAUCAGUUGCGAAUCACGGAUUCAGACGAUCGGUGUAAUUCAAGCCGGUGAUAAUACCCUUCUAAUUUCUGCUUUCGAUUCUCUACACGAUCGCGGUGAUUCAAUCCGGCUACGGGAUUUUACAACUUGGUUCUUGCAAGACUGUCUAGGAUAAAAAGGCACGUAAGAAGUGAAAUAAAUGCGCCUUUUUGUAGGAAAUCUUGAACUGUACUUUUAUAUAUAUAUAUAUAAAAGCCUCGACAAAGGACAAAUUUUAAAUUGUAUACAAACCGUUAGUGCAGACAAACAUUUCUCUUAAUGGGUCAUCCACAUAAGACUGAUGAGGAAUCAAAGGUUUUGAGUAGUUUGAUGAAAACAGAAGAGAGUGGGUUGUUUAACUCUACCAUAGUGGAAGAGGAUGCUGAUGCUGCAGUAUUGAUAGGGGAUAUGACAGAUACAACGACCCUUUUGAGUGACGAAGACGAUAAUUGGACAGAUACUUCUUUUGAUUUCUCAGAUAAUGAUGCUUCGCGCUCAAACUCUGAUGUUUCCUAUAUAUCUGGUAGUAUGGAGAAACAUAUUGUUGCUCCUGGGAUGAUGUCAGAUGUAUCAGGGAAUUCUUCCAACAAGAUAAUGCUAACAUGGGUUCUGAAGGCAUGUGAAGCAAUGCCUUGUUUAAGUGAGCCCUCAUCCGAGCUUUCCAAGAACACACAACAUCACAACUCAAACACAACGAUUGAAGAUGUUAGAGUUUGUUUUGAAAAAUGUGGCGUACAAGACCCCGGUAGAAAGUCAUACCUACCUUUGUCAUCUAAUAAUGAUCUUAAGAUAUGGCCUCCUUUAACUCCUAUCAAGCCCUCAUUUGCGUUUUCGAAGAGUAGACAUCAACACAAUUCAAACAUAAAAGUUGUUUCUGAUGUUCUUGAAGAAAGUUACGGUUUAACUGGUGGGGCUUCUUACAUUGCCUCAUCAUCUAAUAGUGAUCUCCAAGAGGGUAAUAUGUCAUUCAAGAGGAGUUGGCGUGAAGUUCUUGUUGGCCUUGGAACUUCCUCUGAAGAGACUCAGACUCGGGACAUUAAAGGAAAGAGUCCAUUACAUAAUCCAGAUAGUUGGGUGAAGAUAGUAAAAAAAGGGUCACACACUCGGGACGUUAAAGGAAAGAGUGCAUUACAUGAUCCAGAUAGUUGGGUGAAGGUAGUAAAAAAAGAGUCACACAUGCAAAAACUUGACUAUCCUUCAAAAGACACCGCAAAAAAGCGACAUAUUCCUGGGGAUGAUUAUAAGAAGUACAGGCAUAACGCAAAUCAACAUUGGGAAAUCCAAAAGUCCCUCGUUGAGCAGGCUAGAAACGCACAUGCAAUUGGAAAACGGAAUGAGGGGGUAAAUCUCUCCGAACAGGCAAGGAUGUGGAAGGAAAAAGCUGAGCAAGCUGAUGAAAAGGCUAGCCAGGAUAUUUUUGAUUCAAGGAACAAAAAUAACAUUGUAGAUUUGAUGACAAUCGAUUUACAUGGACAACAUGUGAAAGAGGGAAUGAUGAUACUAAAAUAUCACCUUGCAUUUGGUGUAUAUGGUCGCUCUCUGCGGCGGCUCCGUGUCAUCACCGGAUAUGGGAGUGGAGGAACUGGGCAGUCGAUGCUGAAGCAGGCGGUUGUUGAUCUCUUAAAAAUGGAGAAAUUUGAGUGGGAGAAAGAAAACGAAGGUAGUCUUCUAAUCAAAUUUGACAUGAAGAAGAGAAAGUUGGGGUUUGUGAAAUUGUAGUUACUCUGUUUAAUCUUUUUUUCUUUGGACAGUUUGUUGUAUGAGAAUGAAACAAAUAUGUGUUGGUUUUCCCAAAAGCCUUUUGAUCAUCGGUUAAUUUACACUUUGUCAGAAAUGAUAUUUACGCAAUGAUCAACGGUUAUUUUUAUAGAAGUAUUAAAUCAAAUUAUUAGGAAAACAU